UCGGGGCAAGGUGCCGCUCCGCCAUUUUAACUUCCUGCUUCUAUAGAAGACGAGCUUGUCGCGCUGUAUUUCCACUCGAAAAGCGUUUUUGUUGAUCCCAGCAUCGGGCUUUUGAUGGUUUAUUUCUCUCGUAAGCAUAAAAGUAACAGCCUCGGUUAGGUUUUGAGUUCAUAUCGGUUAGUUUCAGCCGGAGAGUCGCAAUGCCGAGCCACCCGCUGCGUGUGGCGGUUGUGUGCUCGAGCAACCAGAACCGCAGUAUGGAAGCGCACAAUAUCCUCAGCAAACGUGGAUUUGAUGUGCGUUCAUUUGGGACAGGGUCUCAUGUGAAGCUACCCGGUCCUGCCCCGGAUAAGCCAAAUGUGUAUGACUUCAAAACGACAUAUGAACAGAUGUACAACGACUUGGUCCGCAAAGACAAGGAACUAUACACACAAAAUGGCAUCCUACACAUGCUGGAUCGCAACAAGCGCAUCAAAUCAAAGCCAGAGCGCUUCCAGAGCUGCAAGGAGAAGUUUGACCUGGUCAUCACCUGUGAAGAGAGAGUCUAUGACCAAGUGGUGGAGGAUCUGAAUUCACGGGAGCAGGAGACGCUGCAGCCUGUGCAUGUAAUCAAUGUAGACAUUCAGGAUAACCACGAGGAAGCCACGCUGGGCGCCUUCCUCAUCUGUGAGCUGUGCCAAUGUAUCCAGCACACCGACGACAUGGAGAAUGAAAUCGACGAACUCCUGCAAGAGUUUGAGGAGAAAAGCAACCGGCCUUUUCUCCACACUGUCUGCUUCUACUGAGACUCAGCAACAACUUGCAAUAAACACAGACCGAGAUCACAAGCAAUCAGACAAAAGUAUAUGGACACGCACACGUCAUACUCCUCAGUCAUCCAUGGCUCAGUGCAUACAUGUUGUGUGCCUACACAGCCACAUACACAAACAUGCAUAUACAUUUACAUAUAUAUAGCUUUGGGUCAGGACCUAACAAACGGCUGCUGUUGGACAUAUUGAUGAUAAUGGGUUUUUUCCUCUAAGGAGAGGAUGGACUCGCUGCUCCUGCUCUGCCUUUUAUUCCGCCAGAUUAAGGUCAGGCCAAGGUCCCUCCCCCCAAAAAAAUCACAGGUCCAGUGAAAUCACUCAACCAUGUCUCCUCAGGGAGAACCAUAACACCCACAGCCCAGAUUCAGCAACUCCUCUGCAAAUUGCUCUCAUUUUUGUUGAAUGCAGCAUAUUAAUGCUGAUGUUCCAUUUUUGUUUUUUUCCAUAUGGUAUAUAAUUAUUUCAAACAUAUGCCAGAUUUUGAUUCCUGAGUUGGGAGGAUGUGCAUGUGUUUACACGCGGGAGGAGAUUUAAUUGAACAGUAUGCUUGUUUUUGUGCGACCACGUGUUGUAUAUUAGUUAGAAUUAAGUUUAAGUGGGUGGGCUAAUUAAUAAUGCAUAACCAAACCUAGACCUCUGAGGCUCAACAGGUGUGUUUCAGAUAUAAUGUGUUGACUGAUAUUUAAACUCUGAUAUGCUGUAUUUCUGGCCAUAUUUUUUUUUUUUUUCUUUUUUAAAUGUUUGAAGAACUGAAGCAUUGUAAUUAUUUUCAAACUGCGAGCUCAGCUCAGAGUGCCUGAUUUUGUUUUUCCUGUAUGUACAUAUGAAUCUACUAAAGAAAGAAACAUCUCUAA